CACGAACGAACCAGGCACGGACCCUGCUACUACUACCCGCCCCCCUCCUUCCCUGGCGGUCGUGGGCGUCGUCGAUAGAACCGAAGGAUUUUGGGGUCGGCGACGCGACUUGGGAUGGGGAUCUCGAUGAGGCUCCUCCUCGCCGUGGCGCUGCUGCUCGCCGCCGUCGUGGCCGGGGCCGCCGCCGAGGAGCAGGCGGUGCCGGUGGAAGUGGGUGAGAUCGCGGGGGGCGUCAAGGAGGCCGCGCUCAGGGCGGAGCUGGCGCAGCUCGCGGAGAAGAUCUCCGCCUUAGAGUCGGGCAUCGCUGAGAAAUCCCAGGACCUGAAGAGCAAAGAUGCUGGCAUCGCCAAGCUUGAGAAGGACAUCGAGGAGAAGUCGCACAAGAUUACUACUCUGCAGAGCGAGAUCACAGCCCUCCAGAAAAAGGGGCCUGUGGCUGCCGAGGAGCAGGCUGCCAAGGCCAUUGCCCGGGCUGCUGAGCUCGAGAAGCAGAUCGACAUUCUCAAUAAGGAGAUUGAAGCACAAAGUAGCCAGAGAACAGCACUUGAGGCUAGAGCUAACAAGGCGGAGAAGAAGGUGCAAGAUUUGAACUCGAAGCUCGAGGCACUCCAAAAGGCAAGUGGCGAGCAAAAGCGUACGAUCCAGAAGACGGAGCGUGCUCUUAAAGUUGCUGAGGAGGAAUUGAUGAGGCUGCAAAAUGAAGCAACAACUAAGUCAAAACAGCUGACAGAGGUACAUGGAGCAUGGCUGCCACCUUGGUUGGUGACAUAUUCUGCUCGCUAUGCGGAGGUGGUCUCAGGUCACUGGAAUGAACAUGGAAAACCUGCCUUGGAGAGCUUUUUGGAGAAGGCAUCAGAAAAAUCUGCUCAAGCAAAGAAAUGGGCUGAACCACAUAUCGAAACUGCUAAAUUGAAAUUGGUUCCUGUCAAGGAAAAAUUGGCUGAGCUUAAGAAAAAUGCAGAGCCUUACGUGGAGAAUCUGUCCACAAAAUCAGUGGAGGUUUAUGAGGCAUCGAGGGAUGCUGUUACACCUCACAUUGUAAAACUUAAAGCAUUUGCCGAUCCCUACUGCCAGGAAGCUAAGAAGCUCUCCAAACCUUACAUUGAUCAAGUUGCUGAGGUCACGAAGCCACAUGUUGAGAAAGUUAGAACUACUCUUAAGCCUUACACUAAAAGAGCAGUUCAUGCGUAUGGAACAUUUCUUGAGUCUGCAACCACAUACCAUCGUCAGGCUCAAGCAACCAUCUCAGAUUACUUGCACCGACAUGAGAUAACAAAAUCACUUGUGACGAAAGAGUUGGUUUGGUUCCUGGCUUCUGCUUUGCUGGCUCUGCCUGUGUUUGUUAUAUACAGGCUUCUAGUAGAUACCUUCUGCACCAAGAAGAAGAAGAGAUCGUCUCACAAUAGUCAUGCAAACCAUAACAACCAUGGCAAUAGGAGACACAAGCGUCGACAUGCUGAGAAGUAAACUGUUGCCGACUGCCAUAUAGGGUUGCAGAAAUCAGAUGAGUUCUUCCCAGAGGCUGUUUCUCAUGAGCCAUGGUGGAAGGAUGGAACGCUGUAUACCACCAGAUUUUUCGUUUCCUUUUUGCCCCCAUUGUAUGGACUAUAGGUUUCAGCAGCGGCCUUAUGUAUCUGCUUCUCGCCGAGGUUUAUGGGCUUAAGGCUCGGCGUUUGUCAAUUGUUUAUUGUAACUUUGUUAAUACACUUGAGUUUGUUUGCGGUGUGUCA